UCUCCGCCUUCGACUGCCGUUCCGGCUGGAUGACCGACAGAUGAACACGCCCCUUCCCCGGCCUCAUGGGCCCCCAGGCUCUUUUGACGCGCAAGCGAGCAGAGAAAUUCGAAGGAAGAGACUGCAGGCGAGGUUCCGGGACCGCGAGGGGGUGUUCGUUCCUCGAACUCACAAUAAUCUGCUGGAUAUUCUGCAGGGGAAUAAGGAUGCUUCUGCGCAGGCGAGAUCGCGUUCACGCUCACGCUCUAGAAGUGCAUCUGUUUCGCCGACCAAGGGGAAGAAGGCACCUUCGAAACGCGUAUCUUCGGUCGCCCGCAAGAGUGGUGGCACGGCUUUCAAACGUGCUGAAAUCAAUAGCACCUUGGAACUCGAUCCUUCAGCCACAUUGCCCGACGUCGACGAUUCGAUGAAAGUCGGUACAUCCCGCCGGCCUCCGUCUAAGACGGCUGCGGCGGUUGAAUCUGGCGUUGAUCGUGAUACAGAGCCUGCGGAAUCUGAUGAGGAAGUAGCCGAGCCUACCCGCAAGGGGGGCUCUAAGAGCGGGAGUCGAACUACCAAGGCCAAUGUUGAUAAGGCUAAACCCAUUUCGAGGCGAACAACCUCCAAAGCAACGGAGACCAAGCGCAAAGUUUCCACGAAACGGGCGGAGAUGCAAGAUGGCGUUGAAACGCGAGACUCAACGGCCGACGCUGCGAAGCCAAAGAAACGCGCAUCGAAAACGCAGGCAUCUGCCACAAGCCAAGCUGACCUUGAGGCCUCCAAGCCUGUCUCAGAACCUGGACCAGUCCGGCGCAAAGCGGGCAAGCCGAAGUCUCAGGUUGAAGAUCCAACCAAACCUGCUAGCCGCACCACGAAGAGUGGAAAGGGCAAGGCGAAGUCCUCUGACAGCGAAGUGGCAAGCAAGGGCAAAACGCCGAAAAAGUCUAAGAAACGGACGGCGGAGCCGGAUUCAGAGCCUGGAGCGGAGAAAAAGGCACCUAAACGAAGAAAAGUACAGCCUAAGGAGAGUCAUGUCGCAUCCACUGGGACGGAAAAGACACGACUGGAGGUCAUACCUGAAGAAGACGAAGAGGAAGCUGUGAUAGAAAAAGUUUCGGACAUCCAGACGCCUGCCGCGCGGACAACUGCCUCGGUGCUUGCUCUGGAUCCCCUUCCCCCGAAAGUUAAGAAACGCAGGUUAGUUCCUGACGAUCCUGCGGACGAAUUGCCUGGAGAGAAGGUCGCCAAGAAACGCAAAGUGACGACAGAAAACGACAAACCUGCCAGGGCAACGGCUUCUGACGUGCCGAAGAAGUCUGUGAAACGACCAUCCAAGAAGCUCAAGGAGAACUCCCUAUCGCCUGCGGUUGCUCCAAAGGAUGUACAGUCUGAUAAGAAACCCCCCUCAUCUGCAGGUGCUGUCGUGAAGCGUUCGGGCCCUCCGAAGAGUGUGUUGGAAAGGAUGCGCACAGAACCCAGCGAUGGGCAUGUCUAUGAUGGCGAGCCUGACGAACUCGACCUGCUGAGAUAAUCUAUCUCUCGUCUGUUCACAAUCUCUUUCCUUAUCUGUUAUAGACAUGUACGUGCAUCGGUUUGUAUUUCUGUGGCUUCAUGCCACCAGCUGGGUCGUUUGACGACACGCUUCUUAUGAAGUCCAUGUGGCAAGCUACUUACCACACGCGGUUCCCGAUGGGGAAACGUCGAGUCUCGACACUAGCAUGAUCCAGCUGAGGUCAAGCUUUUUUGGCCUGCAAGCACCUCUGUGCGCGUACAACCCUCUUCACCUCGUGCGGAGAGUUGGACCUCUGGGAUCAACUCUGAACCUAAACAGAGGCGGAGAUUAACAUGCCAAUCAAGUGGCAGUGUAGAUCAAUUAAGCUAUUUUUGUUUGUCCGCCACGCUCACUGGGGCAGAGCCUGCCCUUGUUUUAGACCAUGCGCUAGAACGGCGGCCGGAGUGAUUCCUGAUCUGUAGAAGAGAAUGCCAGAGCUUGUGCCGAUUCUCGCUGAUUGCGGGGAAAGGACCUCGAGGCCGGCAAUGAGGCACUCGACUAUCAAGGGGAAGAGAUCACUCGAUGCUCAGUUGGUGGUGAGAAGAAGAUGGGCAAGAUUGGGCAAGUGUCCGGCCCUCUGGCGAAAAACCCGCACCGUUACUGGAUCGUUACGUCGGUGAUCGGGACUCGGCGGGCGGGAAGAGCACACAUCGGGCAUACGCUCCCUUAGGCGCACUCUCCCAAGAUGCCCAGGGAUUUAUCCGGCGAUAACCUCCGCACAGGCGAUACGCGAAAUCUUGAAAGUUCACGAAGCCCC